UUUCAAUUCUUUUUAUAUAACGCGUUUGUUUAAUGUACUCGUUAAAAAUGUAUUGGUUUAUAAUUCUCGUAUUAAUUCGCGAAUACGAAAUAAUCUCCGCAAUGCCGCAAGGAUAUUACAGCAACCCGUGCCCCAUUAUGAGCACAAUACCGAUGUCCUGUGCUACCCCCUACAACUUCAACCCUAACCCAGCUAAUCUUAAUGUUGUUGUACCAAGCUGUGAUGAAAGAUUAUCCAUUUAUAAUAGAACACCAGGAAGAAAACUUACAAACCUACUCGGUAAUGUACUUAGCUUACCUGGAGUGGCGGUAGAUACACUGCUCACGGAAAUAUAAAUGCAUCUCUAUGUACACGCCUUAUGCGUCUUGCAAUGUCACAUAAAUAUUAUUUGUAAACUAA